AUGUACAUCCCUUCUUCUUUUAAUGUUGAAGAUGAGUCCGAGCAGAUCAAGCUUAUCCGCGAAAAUCCGCUUGGAAUCAUAUUCAACUGCGGAAAGGGUUCCUCAGGCAACUCGAGCUUUUGGAAUCCGCUUAAAGGAACGAGGGCAUCGCCGUCAUUUUCCGAUUUGCAUGCUACGCAUGUGCCCUUUGUUUUUGAGGAGAAUGAGAGUGGGAAGCAUAAGAUUAAGACACAUUUGGCUGCGAAAAACCACCAUGUAGAAAUUUUGGAAGAAAGUCCACAAUGUUUAGUAGUAUUUCAGGGCCCACAUUCAUACAUUUCACCCUCGUGGUACCCAUUGAAAAAGAAAACUCAUAAAUUUGUCCCAACCUGGAAUUAUUCGGCCGUACAUGUAUAUGGUACUGCUCACGUCGUUAAAAACAAAGAAGCUCUUUUGGAGUUCUUAGAGCAAGUGACAGAUCAAGAAGAGGGCAAAAGACCCGAGGGAGAAGCCUACGAGGAGAAAUGGAAGCUUUCUGACGCACCUGCGGCGUACAUCGAUGCUAAGCUCAAGAGCAUUGUGCUUUUAGAAAUCGAAAUAGACCACAUGGAGGGUAAUUUCAAGUACAGCCAGGGUGACCCCAAGCAAAACGUUGAAGGAAUCAUCGAAAACCUUGAAACAGAAGUUAGCGGCGAGAAUGGAAGGAAGGUUGCCAGUUUGAUCAGAGAGCACUAUCCUCAACAACUCUGA